AAAAUAGGCCAAACAAUUUCUAUCAGAGAAGCACGGGAUGUGAGUGAUGGUGAGACUUCGCUUUGCUUUAUAAGCUUAACCUCUACUUCUUUGUCAUAUACUCCGUGAAAGAUUUUACAUCAGAAAAAAUAUUGGCGACAUAUAUGUUUCAGAUGAUUGACUAUAUAUAUGGGCCAGUCUAUGCAUCAACAAUACUACUGAUCGAUGAUAGUACCACCGCUGGUGUUUUGAGAAAUUUGAGCUCGAUCAAGUCUGUUCUUUUUUCAUGGCCAAAGUUUGUUGCUCCAUUGAGAUGGAACCUAGGACCUUGAGUCAAGUACAACUCAACCAUGCUAGGGAAAUGGCUGCAGAUGUGGUUCAGAAAAUGGAAUCAAAUGAAGCCUCAGCUACAUUCAGUGAGGGAUUGAGACCGAUUGGUUCAGAGACACAGGUGGACCAUGUAAAUAUUGCUGAAGGGGGUGAAGAACCACAGAAUAAGCUAAUUCUGGAGUCGGAGGAGUCUCAACUGUAUGAAAGACCAUGCCAAUGCUUGUGUGCUGCUGCCAAUAUUGAAAUCCCUGAUCAAGAAAAGCUUAAGGAACCCCUCUCGGCCCCAUUUUGAAAGCCUUAUAGAACGUUGUACGUGUAGCAUAUCAUGGUCACAUAUUCUAUGCCUUUAGUACUCAACCUAAUUCAACUACUGUGUAUAAGGAAAAUGUUUGAGAAGGCAAUCGUGCAUGUACGCCACUAUUAACGAAUUCACAUAUACAAGAAUUUUUUUUUCUU